UCGACGAGGCCCUAACCGCAGUUGUGUGACCGCGUUCGGCGGGCGAGCACGGAAAAAAGACAGUAGUGGGACAGUGUGGAACGGGAAUACCUCGCCAAGCCGUCGGAUUUGUGGUCUGCCUUAAAAUAGUUACAGUUCGUAAAUUAGCCGCAAUCGGUGACAGUGCCCCAAAAGCCUGAUAAGGCGGUCAGAGUUCCGGGAAAAGUGACUCCGAGUCGCAGCGCAACCAUGCGGAGGAGGUGUAAUACCCUGGCAAUUGUCAUUGCCCCGAUCUUGAUUUGUGCCUUGACAGUCCUGGCCCAGGACUUUGGUUACGAGGGCAGACAUGGACCCGAGCACUGGAGCGAGGACUAUGCCCGUUGCAGUGGCAAGCAUCAGAGUCCCAUUAACAUCGAUCUGGUCAAUGCCGUGGAGAAGAAGUUUGAAAAGCUGGAGUUUUUGAAUUUCCAUGUGAAGCCCAAGAAUUUUCAAAUGACAAACAAUGGCCACACGGUGCUGGUAAAGCUAACCUACGACGAGGACAAGGUGCCGAGUGUGAGGGGAGGUCCUUUGUCAGAGAAGACCCUAUUGGGUUACCAGUUCGAGCAGUUCCACUUUCACUGGGGCGAGAACGAUACGGUGGGCAGUGAAGACCUGAUUAAUAAUCGUGCUUAUCCUGCUGAGCUUCAUGUGGUCUUGAGAAACCUCGAGUAUCCGGAUUUUGCCAGUGCUCUGGAUAAGGAUCAUGGCAUUGCCGUGAUGGCUUUCUUCUUUAAGAUUAACUACCGUUCCUCUGAUGGAUAUGAGAAGUUUGCAAAGUUACUCCCUCAGAUCGACCGGAAGGGCAAGUCGGUGAACAUGACGGAACCAAUAGCCCUGGGAGAAUACAUUUCCGAAUACUUGGACAGCUACUAUAGCUACACGGGUUCAUUGACAACACCGCCGUGCAGUGAGGAGGUUACCUGGAUCGACUUUACAGAGCCCAUAGACAUCACUGAGAAGCAGCUAAGUGCCUUCCGCCUGCUGACCGCCAACGAUGACCAUCUGAGGAACAAUUUCCGCCCCAUUCAACCCCUCAACGAUCGCACGCUGUACAAAAACCUAGUGGAGUCGCCGAUUUACAACAUGGGCUCCAUACCGUUCGUCAAUGCGGCCAACGCAGCUGGCAGGUGGAAACCCCACUUCGUGACCGCCCUGCUCCCCGGAUUCGGCCUCUUGACCCUGCUAAGAGCCACCGUUUUCAGGGGUUUUUAAUUAGAGCUCUGCGACGAGGAAUCGAAGGUUAAAUCGUUAAAUGCCUGGCAUGCGCGGUUAGGCGUCCAAUUAGGCGCUGCAAUGUACAUGUUCUGCUCCUGCUCCAAGCCGGCAUUGUUUGUUGUUCCAAGCACGAGUCCCGUCCCUUUCAGUAAUUUCCUUAACACGGGGUCCUGCCGGCAGGACACUGUAUAUACCGAUGGAGACAAACAACGUGGCGGGGCAGGCGGAGUAAUUAUUAAAACGGAACCUCAGCUGGCACGAUACCCUACUCAUCAAUUAUGCAGCGCCUCUCGCCAGGACUGUCAAUCGCAUUGUAUUCGUAUCCGCAUCCGCACCCCAAUCCGUCCAAAGAGGACUUUGCGUAUCCAUCUCCUCGGUGCGUAGGGAGUCGUCCGCCUGGCAUUGCACAUUGUGAUUUUAAAGGCUUGACGCACAAGCAAAUCUUUAUAUUCGUGUAUUCUAGCUUUAGGCUUUGGCAAACAUUAAGCUGUAAUGAAAUGUAUUUGUUUUUUAAAUUAUAUUUGCAUGAGUUGCCGUAGCGUGUAACGGCUUUAAGUGAAGUCACUUGUUUUAAAAGCGAUAGCUUAAAUCAAAUAAAUUCUAUAUUUAAUGUAAACAAAUUGUCUACGUUAAGUGAGUUACUAAAAGUCAUUUUUUGCAAUAAAACUUUUUGUAUACAUAA